UCCCCGCAGCCCCCCGGGAUGCGGUAGCGGCCGCUGUGCGGAGGCCGCGAAGCAGCUGCAGCCGCCGCCGCGCAGAUCCACGCUGGCUCCGUGCGCCAUGGUCACCCACAGCAAGUUUCCCGCCGCCGGGAUGAGCCGCCCCCUGGACACCAGCCUGCGCCUCAAGACCUUCAGCUCCAAGAGCGAGUACCAGCUGGUGGUGAACACGGUGCGCAAGCUGCAGGAGAGCGGCUUCUACUGGAGCGCCGUGACCGGCGGCGAGGCGAACCUGCUGCUGAGCGCCGAGCCCGCCGGCACCUUCCUCAUCCGCGACAGCUCGGACCAGCGCCACUUCUUCACGCUCAGCGUCAAGACCCAGUCGGGGACCAAGAACUUGCGCAUCCAGUGCGAGGGGGGCAGCUUCUCGCUGCAAAGUGACCCCCGCAGCACGCAGCCCGUGCCCCGCUUCGACUGCGUGCUCAAGCUGGUGCAUCACUACAUGCCUCCGCCUGGCGCCCCCUCCUUCCCCUCGCCACCCCCUGAACCCUCCUCCGAGGUGCCAGAGCAGCCGCCUGCCCAGCCGCUCCCGGGGAACCCCCCCAGGAGAGCCUAUUACAUCUACUCGGGGGGCGAGAAGAUCCCCCUGGUGUUGAGCCGGCCCCUCUCCUCCAACGUGGCCACUCUUCAGCAUCUCUGUCGCAAGACCGUCAAUGGCCACCUGGACUCCUAUGAGAAAGUCACCCAGCUGCCGGGGCCCAUCCGCGAGUUCCUGGACCAGUAUGAUGCCCCACUGUAAAGAGCAAAGGGCAGGGGUCCGGGAGAGGGGCCUGGGUCCCCUCUCCUCGGUGGCACAUGGCACAAGCACAAGAAUCCAGCCGUGAGGGAGUCCUGCAGCUCUGGCGAGCUGGGCGGACGGGCCCCUCCCUUCUGCCCUCCCCCCUGCAGAAUGGGGCAGGCAGGACCUGGAAUGAGUUUGAGGGAAGGGGGAGGGCCACCUGCGCCCCCCUCCCCCACUCCAGCUUCUCCGGAGGAGCCAGCUGGCCUGGUGGGACAAUAGUAACGACAAGUGGAUUCUCCUCUCCUCCUCCCUUCCUCGAUUCCUCCUCCCCUUCCGAACGGGGACACUUAGGGAGUGUUGAACUAAUGAGAACUGCCCGGGAAUCUUCAAACUUUCCAACGGAACUUGUUUGCUCUUUGAUUUGGUUUAAACCUGAGCAGGUUGCAGAGCCUGGGAAAGGAUGGAAGAGAGAGGGCGCCUGAGGGGGCCCCAGGGUUUUGGGCUGGCCAAGGAGGUGGCCGCUCCCACUGCCCAGCCCAGGCGAGGAGAAGCUGCAUGCGCCUCUCCCUGGCUCCGAGGAAAGAGCAAGGGGUGACCAGGUACCCCUCACCCUCUCUCUUGGAACCACCACCCAAGACACAGGUCCCAAAGUCCACCUGGUGCCCAGAGCUCUUCCCCUGUUUUAAGGGGGAAGUGGCAUUUGGAGGGGGAUGGACGGGCUGGUCAGUUGGUCUCCUUUUCCUACCCAUGCUAUACCUUCCAGCGCCUGGGAGUGGAGGGUGGGGAGGACAGAGAUGAGCCAUCUUUGAUCCCAGACCCCCGGUAGAGAAGAUGGGGGGGGUUCUACUUUGUGCCUCCUGACUAUGAGUGGCUAGGAGAUUCGCCUUAAAUGCUCCCUGUCCUAUGGAUAGGGACUGGCACACGAUAAGCCACACACUUGGCCAAUCCAGGCAGAGAGGCCAAGGGAUUUGCCCAAGAGCACCCAGCCAGCCAGGGAAAGUGGGUGGGGGGCAGAGACCCAUGCCUUCCAGCUGAGCUCUGGGAGAAUGUUAGCCCCAUGGGUAUUGGCCAGUCAAAGGUGCCUCGUGGUCAGAGCAGAGCCACCAGGUCCCACAGCACCCCCAGUCCUGCACAGCCCUCCCUCCUCGCCUGGGUCAGGGGAGGAGGAAGUCACUCAGAGGCCGGGUGCCUGCCACUCCAGCUGCUCCGGUCUGCCAUAGCACUGAUCAGUGAAAACUUACAGGAAUGUAGCAGUGAUGGAAUUACCUGGAACUGUUCUUUUUGGGGGGGAAAACUAAACAAACACAUUCAGUUUUCUGUGUCAGGUAUUGGGCUGGAUGGGGCAGCUGUGUGUUGGGGUGGUUUUUUUUCUCGAAUUUUUUGUUUGUUUCUUAUUUUUAAAUAAUGUUUACAAUCUGCCUCAAUCACUCUGUCUUUUAUAAAGAUUCCACCUCCAGUCCUCUCUCCUCCCCCUCACUCAGGCCUUCGAGGCUGUUAGGAGAUGCUUGAAGAACUCAACAAAAUCCCAAUCCAAGUCAAACUUUGCACAUAUUUAUAUUUAUACUCAGAAAAGAAACAUUUCAGUAAUUUAUAAUAAAGAGCACUAUUUUUUAAUGAAAAA